CUGUAACACUCUGUUAAGCUUAGCACAGGGUACAGAGAUACAGUACAGCUAAACUGUAUUAAAAAAAAAAGCAAAGUCCAGUCCAUUAAGUUGUUUUUGUACAUGUUUUAUAAUAAUUAAAAAAAACCCUUUUUUUUAGUGGCAUCAGUUCACAUUGGAGCUACGUGGAAGCAGACUGAAGUUUAGGUGGAUAUUCCUUUACAGGUUUAUGGUGUUAGUUGAGAGGGCUGGACUUAUCACAGUACUGAGUGACCUGACUGGACGAAGGAUCAGUGUAGCACACAGAAACGCAGACGCCCUGUUGGAGCCUCAUCUUCAGCUCUGUGGUACAGUACAUGUCUUCUCUCUGUUCUGUUGCUUUGAGCAGUGGGUGUGCUAUUCCAUUCAAAAUGGCCUGAUACAGUUUAACACUAAACGCUCCAAAACUGCCUGUGGUUUUUGGAUGGCAAAGAUGGAGCGAUGCUGCGUUUCUAAAACACAAAGGCAGUUCAACCCCAGUUAAGAAAAAGUACCCUGUGCUUGGAGCAAAACAAUGGAAAGCUGGGUUCUCGAGGGAGACAGCUACUCAUUCCUCCGCAGUGCACCACGUAACUUCAACCUGCAGCACCUGGAUGGGCCCAAUCGUGUGGAGAUAUUUGACAUCACUAGUAUUCCCAGCCAUCGUAGCGCCAUAUCUGAAACAACUUGCCUUUGUGACAUUUUUGGGGAUGACUGUGAGUCUCCGUCUCUCUCCAGCAGCCCGGCCUCUGCCUCUUUUCUGAAAAAGGAUGUGGAUGAGCAAUUACCAGUAGAAGAUGUCAACGAUUCAUCAGGUUCUUACCAUACAGCUAAUGGUUCGGAGCAUUUGAGUGAUGGGAGUGACACAUUUGAGGACUCAAAAGACACAAAAGAUUUAAUUUUAUCUGACACUGGGGAAUCAAAAACACCAGCAAGUGAUUUAACCUUGCCAAAUGACAAAAGUGAAGUUACCUCUGUAAAUGGCUCACCCAAGCCAACAGGAAACUGGCAAGAAUCUUUGUCUCAGGACACCAGCCUAGUGCAAGAUGAAAAUUUAUCUGACCAGCAGCAAGUAACGUCAACGUCUGAAUUUAGAGACACUAAUAUUAGAGUAACUGGUUCCUCACAGGAGAUAAUCUCUCCUGACCUCUUAUCUGAAAACAAGGGUAUUAGAGACCAGAGUCAUGCUACCUCGUCUUCAACAGAGGAGAUAAUUACUCCUGAUCUCAGGAGUAUAACGAAGCAGAGGGAUGCUUUUUCAUCUGAGCAAAAGGAAAAUCAUUCAACACAGAAGAUAAUCACACCUGAAUUCUCACCUGAAAACGGGGGUUUAACAGAGCAGACUACCACAUCUGAGGUAAGAGAAACUGAUUCAACACAUUAUAAACAGAGAGAAAGCACAUUUUCAGAAAACCAAGAUUCAGCUGAGUCUUUUAGUAACUUGGCAUCAGAAGAUUCUCCUAAGGAGAAUAAUGCUCUAGGCUGCUCUGGUGAGGAAGAAGAAAAAAUCUCUUUACCUGAUAUUUUACCUAAAGAAAACAUCUCAUUUGUUCGUGAAACAGUAAAAAGUGACCCUUCUGUUGCUCUAACUAACUUUUCAAAUGAUGGCAGUGACUUUACUCCUGUCCAGAAGACAGCUUCUGAUCCUUAUGCAAAAGAUGGAACACAUGAUCUGAGAGAAAUGUCAGCUCCACUGGAACAUGAAGUUGUACCAAAUAAAUCGUCAUGCAUAGGUACAUUUCAAGCAGGACCGUCAGAUUUGGAAGACCCUAACACUGUACCUCCACCUACUUAUGUUGAGGAUAACACAGAAAUAGAUGUAGCAUCUAUGCCUCAACACUUCAAUAUUUCUUCUGAAACAAGAGAAACAGUAAUCUUACAUGAGCAUAGAACUUUGUCAUCCUUUUCAGACACAACAGAAGGACUGAUACCAUGUGUGAUUAGUGAGUUAUGCUCACCCUCUGGUUCUUCAGUGGAUGUUAACUCCUCAGAGCCACCAAUAAUAAUAAACUCACCUGUGGGUUUUACUAUCUGCCCUUCACCAGAACCUGAGAACAACAUUUGGUCAGCUGGACCAGAAGAUUUAGCGUUCACACAUGAGAGCCCAGAAAGUGAUUUCAGACUUACACCUACAGACAACUUUUCUGUUUCUUCAUUUGAUUCCAAUCUAUUCCCUACACCUGAGCCAAGAAGCAUUACUUCUACACCAGAAAACAGACAAAAUGUCUUUAUAUGUGAAUUGAGUCCUGCAGCUUCUUCACUUGAACUGAGGUCUGCAAGUUGUUCUCCUGAAUGUAAAAUAAUGACAUGUAGCUCCCUGAAGCAACACUCAAAGUCACCUCAAAUUGAGAAAAAAGUACCCCAAAAUGACUUUUCAUCCCAAAAUGAGAUCCUAGCACAAACCCAUGAUGCAGAGGGAAUAAUACAUGCAGAAAGUUUUAUGUCAACUACACUUCCUACAAAGGAAGUUGCAGACGUGACUAUUCCAACUACCUACAACCUUUCAUCAGCACAGGGAGGCAUAUCUAGUCCAUCAACAACUUUGCCAAGAGAUACCAUGUCCCCUGAUAAAAAGGGAACAAGAUCUACUGAAAGCCCUACAUCAGAUAUACUUCCCACAAAUAUGGCUAUCUUCUCUAACCUUUCAUCAACGGACAGGUGCAUAAUUAGUCCACAUUCAACUAUAAGUAUACCGAGAGGUACAGAGUCUCCUGAUGUACAUGAAAUAAGAUCUGUGGAAAGUUCUAUUUCACCCGUACCUCCCAUAAAUGAGACAAUGGUCAUGGCCAUCUCACCUGUCUCCAACCUUUCAUCAACAGAAGGAGGCAUAUCUAGAUCACCAUCAACUUUAUGUAUACCAAGAGACACAGCAUCUCCUGAUGUAGUGGGAACAAGAUCCACUGAAAGCUCUACGUCAACUACACUUCCCAGAAAGGAUAUUGAAAAUGUGGUCAGCUCACCCAUUUUACAGCCUUCAUCAAAAGAGAGAGUCAUAUCUAGACCACCAUCAAAUUUAAGUGCACCUAGCGACACAGCAUCUCCUGACGUAGAUGGAAUAAGAUGUGUGAAAAGUCCUGCAUCAACUACAAUUCUCACAAAUGAGAUUACAAUUAUGGCUAUCUCGCCCCUCCCCAACCAUUCGCCAACAGCAUCACAUUUAAGUAUACCAAGAAAUACAGUGUCCCCUGAUGUAGAGGGAAUAAGAUAUGCUCAAAGCUCUAUAUCAACUAUGCUUCCCAUACAGGAGAUUGAAAAUGUGGUCGUCACACCAAUUACACACCUUUCAUCAACAGAGGGAGGUAUAUCUAGAUCAGCAUCAACUUUAAGUAUACCAAGAGAUACUAUGUCUCCUGAUGUAGUGGAAACAAGUUGUGUGGAAAGGUCUGUGUCAACCAUACCUCCCACAAAUGAGACUACAAAUAUGGCCAUUUCACCCAUCUCCAACUGUUCUUCAACAGAGGGAGGCAUAUCUAGACCAUCAUCAACUUUAAGUAUACCAAGAAAUACAGUAUCUCCUGAUAUAGAUGGAAUAAGAUGCAUGGAAAUUCCUACGUCAACUACAGUUCUCACAAAUGAGAUGACAAAUAUGGCCAACUCAUCCAUCAACCUUUCAUUAACAGGAGGCAUAUCUAGACCACCAUCAAAUUUAAGUAUACCAGGAGAUACCAUAUGCCUUGAUGUAGAGGAAACAAAAUACAUAGAACAAUCAAAUGAGAUUCCCACAAAUGAGACUACAAAAAUGGCAAUUUCACCCAUCUCCAAUCAUUCAACAACAGAGGGAGGCAUAUCUAGGCCACCAUCAACUUCAGGUAUAUCAAGACAUACAGCUUCUACUGAUGUGCAUGGAUUAAGAUGUAUAGAAAGUCCUACAUCAACCAUACUUCCAACAAAUGAAGCUCCAAAUAUGGGCAUCUCACCUGUCUUCAAUAUUUCACCAACUGAGGGAGGCCUAUCUAACCCACUAUCAACUUUAAGUAUACCAGGAGUUACCAUGUCCCCUGAUGUAGUGAGGAUUCCCACAAAUGACAUUACAAAUAUGGCCAACUCAUUCAGCUCCAACCUUUCAUCAACAGAGGGAGGCAUAUCUAGACCAUCAUCAACUUUAAGUAUACCAAGAGAUACUAUGUCCCCUGAUGUAGAAGGAACAAGAUACGCUGAAAGAUCAAAUGAGAUUCCCACAAAUGAGAAUAAAAAUAUGGCUUUAUCCAUCUCCAACCUUACAACACCCUCAAAUAUACUAACAGAUAUAGUGUCUUCCCCUAAAGUGAGACAUCAAAGAUCAGCUGACAGACUUAAUGAUAAUAUACCAGCACCAGAAAUGUCCAUACCUCUGAAAUACACAGAUAAUCACCUUUCAACCACAGUCAGUGAGAAGGUGGAUCUUCCAUUAAUGGUACCCUUUGAUGUAGGUCAAAUAGAUGAUACUGGCUACAAAAUGCCAAUUAAAAGCUGCAGUCUACCUCAGAAUGAUUGCACAGACAUUGCUUCAGUACCUUGCAGCCAAACUGAUAAAAUAAGUGAUUCAUCACCUGAGCCACCCACUCCCAAAUUAUCUGUAAAACAAAUAAAAGAAAGUUGGGAAAGGAUGAAUGAGAGCAUUUUAAAUUCUCUGAAUCCAUGGCAAACAUCCAAGAAGAUUUUAACAGUGCCUGCUGCAAAGGAAGCAAAGGAAGGCAAUGACAGUGGAAGAGAAAUGUUGGAAAGAGAAUCAGCAGGUAGUGAGAAAACAUUUGGGCAGAUGGCUAUGAGACCUGGGGAAAGCCCCAGUGUUUUACAUAGUAACAAUCAUAGCAUGUAUGAAGGACAGUCAUGCAGGAACAAGGGGUGGAGUGGGGAAAGGGUGAUACAGGAGGAGCAUACAUUAGGAAAAGGGGUGGGGAAUAUAGCAGAGGAUAGUUACAGAGGGGAACAGGUUGAGCUGUCAUUCAGUACCAGGAAUAGAAAAGGGCCUGCAAUCCACAGCCCUGCUCCCUCAAGCCGAGACCCAAAGUCUGGAAUUCCACCUCGCUAUUUUGAGUCUCCCCUGGCAACUCGGCGGCAACAGAGACUUUUCAGAGCACAGAACUUGCAAAAAGAGAACAAGACUGGUGCCAGGAGGAUCCGAUCGACUUCUCAAAGCAAUUACAGUGGUGCUGGUCGUCUUUCUUCAGAAUGUACUAGCGACACUUCCAGUAUGGGAAGUGAAUUUGAUGACGCAGACAGUGAGGUAAAGUGGUUCACAGACCAGGCCUUCAGGAGCCUAUCUAGCCCUCAGGUGGACUACUUGGAUGUCUAUAACUCAAGCCGUGGGUCAUCUGCAAAUGUUUCACAGCCUUCUACAGUCAACAGUCCAGGUUCUGCUACAUGGAUUUCCUAUGCAGAUUUGCAUGACUCGUUACAUGAAAAUGAUGAUGUCUUAUGUCAUACUUCUUCUUUUAUACCUCACGGUACACUAGACCCAGCAAAGCGUUUUGAGAUGGGUAGUUUUGAAUGUGUGGAUGUAGAAGUGGAAAGCAAGGAGGAAACCAGGAGAGGAAAAAGGACUGUCCCAAAAAGACAAAUCCAAUUUAAGAGACGCAACUUUGAUGAACUAAAGUCUACUGAGAAUGAAGGAAAAGCUAUGGAUUCACUGUCCAUACAGACCUGUUCAAGGGACACAUUUGUUCGUCAACAUAGCACCCCAGCAUCAAUGCAGGAAGAUCUGGUUCAAGGUGAACAUGAAAUUCAAAGUGGUAAGAAGGUGCUCCAGAAGUCUGCAUCGUUAGAUGAAAGUUCACACAAGAGUAAAAUGGCUUGCAGCGUUAUCAAGAGUGUUCUUUCAAAGAAAAUGGACACUGCUACCAAAGAAUCUUCAAAAAGUGAACCAUGUGAGAAUAAAAAGAAACACAUUGAUAUUCUCUCUGCAGGAGAAUCAAGUAAUGCAGAGAGGCAGAGUUCCAGCCUACCCUCUGAAUGCGGUUUGUCCUCUGAGGACUUUGCAGACAAAGAGGAAAGAACCCCUCAUCCUCAGAAGAGAAGCUGCAGGCCCAAGGUUCCCCCCAAGCCAGUCUUCAAAGCUAACUGUUUUCCUCCGAACAACAAUCCUGCAGGUGUUGCAUUUCAGGGUAAAACCUUAGUGAAGGAUCAGAUAAGACCCAUAAUGGUUGAUGCCUUUGAAAGCAAAAUAUCUAAGAAACAAACCUUUAGGAACAGUGAGAAGGAGGCAAGUAAGGUGGGAGACGAAUACAGCAGUGACUCAGGAAGUGCCAUUAACUGGACCCCAAACUGUACUGCAAUUUGUGUUGCAAGCACACGGAGCAGAAUGACAAACAGUGACAACAAACACCCCAUGACACCGGAAACCCAUAAACAACAGGAGGGCAGCAGCAGUAUGUUCUUGUCAAAAACCCCUGAAAUCACUCUCAAGCCGUGUACCAUCAAGGAUAAAAAUAAGUCUUCCUUGAAGACAUCUCUUUGUCCUGAACUGGAAAUAUCCAAAGACACCAUAUGUGAACCUCAGUUAGAGGAAAAACUUGAAGAGCAAAUGAGAUUCAAAACAGAGGUUGAGGCAGACACUGAAGAGGAUAAUGAACAAAACAAAGCAAAAUCUGUUAUACAUAAAGUAAGGGAUGUCAGGAAGCUGGUAAAGAACACCUACAACCUGUCCUUCAAAGCCUCAAAUACCACUCAAAAUGUAGAGGAUAUAGUGCCUGAAAAAAAGAAAGAAAUGAAACCAGAAUAUCCUCAUCCUUUGCAUAUUGAAUGCAGAGCUAUCAGCUGGAAAGACAAGACAGCAUCUUGCAAUAAAUCUACCACCCAACAAGAUGUAGCACAUACUGGUGACAAAUCAAAGAUGCCACAGACGGAUUCACCAGUAAAAAAUGAUGUAGGUAUUACAAAAAUAACAACCAAGGCAUCCUUGCCAAACAUUCAACAUUCUGAUGUGGAUUUGUCUGUUGGUUUGGAUAAAUGCAACAACAUAUCAAAAUCUAGUAACUGUGAACAGAGUACAAAACUAGAAAUGCCUUCUAGGCCACCAAGUAAGGAAAUAUCAACAUUAGUAUUUCUGCAGGAUGGCACACCGAAGUCUAUGCAGAAGCCUACAAGCCCUGCUUCCCCCGAUGUAAAAACUGCUAACAGUAGCCAUUCUGUAUCGAUGCUACGGAAAGAAAAGGGGAUGCAAGCUGACAUUGGGGUUUGUGAUGUCCUGAGUGAAGGAGUGGAUGCUAAACCUAAGCAUAUCAACAGGCUAGAGGUACCCUUGCAGACCUAUGCAUCAGAGGGAACCUCAAGUGAAUUCCAGAAAGUGAAAAAAGAAGAUGCUGAUUUUCCUCCUGAACAGAAGACAUCCCUAAACAGUGGUCUACAGACAAGUGAAGGUUCCUUGCAGGUUAGGAGUUCUCCAAAGCCUAUGGAAGUGAGAGUACUUCCCAGUGGAAAAGGAGGAGACAACCAGAGUCAAGGAGAUUUGUUACAACCUCCAAAAGAACAAGAGAUCACAGUUGCAGCAUCAAGCAAGGCAGAGGUAAGAGCAUUUUCUAGCAACACAAAAAUUCAUGCAAUGCCAGUAACAACAUCUAAAGAGAUCGAGUUACCCAUUCAAGUGAGGUCGAUAUCCAGUGACAGACCCAAACCAUCUGUGCUGCCUAAACCAAGCUUUAAACAGCCAUUUGCAGAAAUUAGGUCAACAUCAACCGACUUUCCUAAAACAGACAUCACACCAACAACAUCUAUUUUAAAAGAGCAAACACAUAUAAAGAGUGAUGUUAAAAUAAUUGAGACAUCAGCAACAGUGAUACACAAUGAGCAAUCCACCAACACUGCAUCAAGCAAUACCAAAACAUUAGCUGUGUCAGCUGUGUCCAGCCACAAACCUCAAACUAUCCCAGUUACAACAAUGUCAAGUUCUGCACAGAAAUCAACAGCCACUACAGGCAGGCCAGAGGUAUCUUUCACUUCGAUGCCAAACUCCAGCAACCGGCAACAGCAGAACAUUCAAGAACAGAUGAUACCAGCAACUUCUUAUGCAUCUGAUCAUCAAACCUUACCAGUAAUUUCACAAGCCAAUACCUACAUGCAGCCUACAAUGACAACAUCGUCUAACAACCAGUUACAUACAGACGACUUUCAUUUCCCUACAUCAGAUGAUCCACCCAGCUAUGAUGAGCGAGAAAGUUUUAGCCCAUUGCAGCUUUCUGAUUUGCCCCCAAGGAGGCCGAACAGAUACCAUCCUACCACCAAACAUUCUCUUUGCUCCUGUACAUCAUGUACCCACCCUCAAUUUGGCCAGCCCUACCAUGGCUCGCAAAACCAGACACCACCAGCCCCUCGUUCACCAGGUCAGGUGAUUUCAUACCCAGGAGCACCACCACAGGCCCAGGUCCGUCCUCAUCAGUGCAGACCAGAUGUCCAACCCUCAAAUUACCCAUCUGUCUCACCGAAAACUACAGUACAACAGGCUCCAGCCAUGAUUCAGCCCAUGCACCACUCCCAUACUUGCCCUGCACCAGCCAUACAGCCCUAUGGUAAUGAGCAACAGCAACCUUCUACUCAGCACAUGGACAGACGUUCAGGUAAUCAACGUUCACCACAAGCUCCAGGUGGGGCAGCUUAUCAGGAACACAGUCGUUCACCUAAUAUAGCUGCUCUGGACCCUAGAUCCCAGUUUUUUAAUCCACAAGAGCUACCACCAGCUUUUGGUCAUGAAUAUGGAAGUGAUGGUCCUGGGGGUGGAGGUGUGUUAUACCCAGAAAAUGCAAGUGGGCUUGGGUUUGGUCAAGGUCCCCGUCGUGUACUUCUAGAUCCUGAAACUGGGAAGUAUUUCUACAUUGAAGUGCCAAUGCAGCCACUUAGAAAAAUGCUGUUUGAUCCAGAAAUUGGCCAAUAUGUGGAGGUUCUCAUACCACAGCAGGCCAUGUCCAAUUCUAGUAUGUAUCCUCCAACUACUGCUCCAUACCAGGGUCCAUACCAUGGUCAAGGGUUAUAUGCAUCCCAGUACCUUCCCUAUGCAAUGCCACCCCAUCCUCAGUCUGCCCAGCAACCACGACAUCCAGAGCCCUCUGUCCCGACAUCACUCCAUCAAACCACCAUGGGAUAUGGAAGCUCAGCAAGCCAGGCGCCAAAAUCAGAUGUAAAAGGACAUCCAUCGCUGGAUCAGAGCUAUUUAGAGAGCAUGUAUUACAUUCCUACCGGGAUGAAUGCAAGCCCAAAUUCUACCCCUUCAGACUGCUACCACAAACCAGCAACAAAUAUGCCUGCUGCUGGUGGCAGGAGGGCAUGACAUAGUCCUAGAUUUUGCAUUUGUAGUGUGUGGUGCUAUGCAAGCUUUUAGAGUAAUGAGCUUGCGAUAGAUUACGCCCAGUAAAACUAUUCCAAAAUCAAGGCCAAUGUAAAAAUACCAACAGUACUGUAUAAAACAAUGUACACUGUUCAAGAAUAUUAGCAUGUCCUUCUUUCUAGCCCAAAAUCCUUCUCAAUCUAUACAUCAAAAUUAGUCCAGCUGUGGAAGAAUUUUUUAAAAAAAAAUUUGUUAUAUGAUCCUUACAGAGGUGCUUUGGGUUUUUGAAAAGCUAAUGCUAAAAAGAAAUAUUUGGUAAGCCUAUUUCCAAUGCUUGUCAUCACUCCAUUUGACUGAGCUGGUGACAUAGCUAUGUUGUGUUUCUUUCCAAACAUGACAUGUCAGUAUGUUUCAUCAUAGUAAUGACCCUGUUAAAAAGAGUUUUGUUGCAUGUCAAUAUCUGGUAUAUUUGCAUUUUAGUGCACUAUGAGCCCAUAGAAAACAUUUUACUGACCUUGGGGAAUUAUAAUAACUUCAUUAGCAUUAUUAUUAGCACCUAUUUCACACCAACUAUCCCAGGUGCAGUCCAGGCAUGUUUCUGAAUUUGUAUAUAUCAAUUCGAAAUUUAAAUAUUUAUACUAAAACAUAAUCCACUUUAAGUGAACCAUUAAAGCAUAUGGAAAUAUGUAGGCCAAUUGAUAAAUGAUUAAAUGUUAUACAAAGUACAGAUACUUUUCUAAUGAUAAAAGCUUACCAAAUGUUAUUUUUUCACACAGGUUUACCAAAUUAAAGGUAUUUGUUCACCACUACAA